AUGCAAGCGCCUGGGCAAAGGCUCUACGCAAUGUACGAGGUCAUUCUCCAGUCUCAUUUCGACCCAAAUGAUGGCGAGAUGAUGGAUGUCUACCAGCAAGUACUUGCUUGGAUUCUUCUGGCCCACAGCGCCCAAAAUCGAGCCGUCUUCGUGGAUUUUGGCAAAGUGCUGCUUCCUGGCGCAGACAUCGACGACGCGCUCAGCGGAUUGAGCUCGCUCCUCACGGGACUCGGCGGAGAUGGCGGCCAGCCUGUUCGACCCCUGCAUAGCUCGUUCCGCGACUUUAUCCUAGACGCCGAAGCUAGCGGUGCUUUCGCCAUCACCAUCGAUCCUCAGCUGCCGUUCAGGCUCGCAGAUACCUGCUUCCGCAUGAUGGGCGACCCCGUUAGCGGCUUGCGCUUCAAUAUCUGCCGCAUUUCCACCUCGUUCGUGCUCAACAGCGCGAUUCCCGACCUCUCGCACAGGGUAAAGCGGUAUAUAUCGCCUGGCGUGCAAUAUGCAUGCCGUGCUGCUGGAUACCAUCUGCAAGAAAGCACCGUAUCUGGGUCUCUCGAUGCAGCGGACCAUAAGCUAUGUCUGACCACGCGUGUCCACUACUUCCUACAGACUCAAUUCCUGUUCUGGUUGGAGGCUUGUAGCUGGUUGAACCUUCAGUCUGUGCCUUCCGAAGAGCUACAACGCUAUUUGAUCUGGGCAGAGGGAAAUGGCACGCCAGAAAUGCGAACACUCAUCCAAGAUUGCAUCAAGUUUAAUGCGCGGUUCCGAGAAGGCAUCAUGGCGUCUGCCCCUCAGACCUAUACCAGUGGUCUGGUUUUUAGUCCUCGUUCCGCUAUCGCUCUUCGCAAAAUGAGCGGAUCUUUCUCUUGCCUGGUGUCUGCUGUCUCUGGGGACGCGACAGACGAUGACUGGCCAGACGACAAAAACGCGAUCAUCGACGCUCGGGCGACAGUGAAAACCAUAACGUACUCACUGGACGGCAAGUCCCUGAUCGCCUGCGUAGGCAAUUAUACUGUUCGAUGCUGGAAUGUAGCUACAGGAAACCGAACGGGCAAGAUACUCGACUUCGAUCAUGGCGCAACCCACGUGGUGUGCUCCUCCCAUGGCACAUAUCUCGCAUUCGCCAUGCAAGGCACUGAAGUGCGAUUCUUAGACUUGGCCUCCGGACAUCUGAAGUGUGCGGCCUGUGAGGUCCCGUCCCACCAAGUCGAAGACAUGGAGUGCCUCGCAUUUUCCCGGGACGCACGUACGGCCAUAUGCACCGCGAAUGACUACAAUGUCCGAGUAUUUGACCCGAUAUCUGGUAUACAGAUGGGCAAAUCACUUGUAGGCCAUAGCGCCGCGGUCAUAUUUGCCACAUUCUUACAGGAUAACAACCAUCUGGCGUCGUUCUCUCAAGAUAAUACCUUGCGCGUGUGGCAUUGGCCCGAUGGGAGGCAGAUCCGCUCAAUCUCUCUACAAAUAGGGGAUGCGCGCGUACGGUGCGCUGCUCUCUCGCCUGAUGGGGGACUCCUGGUGACGGGCUCUUGGCGAGAGCGUGUGCUUCGCCUGUGGGACGUGGCCACUGGCGAUCAGCUCGAUAACAUGCUGAUUGGGCACCUGAGGGACAUUCGCGUCCUUGCAUUCUCACCGGACGGCACCCGCCUCGCGUCAGGCUCCCGCGAUUGUACCGUUCGCGUAUGGGAUAUACUGACCAGGCAGGCGCUCGGAGAUGUAGUCGGGCGACAUGAUGAGUAUGUCAACUGUCUGGCAUUCUCGCCGGAUGGUAGAUGCAUCGCAUCUGGUGCUGACGAUCGCACUAUCCGCGUGUGGGACAUACCCGACGCAGUACGCGGUGAUCUGUCGGACGCCAAAGCCCACAACAUGGCUAUACACUCCAUCGCACUCUCGCCUGACGCACGACGCAUAUUCUCUGGCUCAGAGGAUCGCACUGUACGCGGAUGGGAUGCGGAAACGGGUGAGGGCCUAGGCAAGAUCAUCGAAGGAUGCGGCUACCAGAUCAAGUCCGUUGCAUAUUCUCCCACUGCCGACCGCCUGGCCGCAGGCUCAAACGAUUGUACGGUACAAGUGAAGAAUCUGACGACAGGCGACCAGAUUACUCUUGAGGGGCACACGGACGCCAUCAAUUGCGUUGUGUUCUCUCCCGACGGAACUCUCAUUGCGUCAGGAUCCGACGACGGUACCGUUCGAGUAUGGGAUUUGGCUACAGGGAAGCACAUAGGUGAACCAUUCACGGCAUUCGCGACGUACCGCCGGGAAGUCAGUUCUGUCGCGUUCUCGUCAGACGGCCAGCAUGUCGCGGCAGGGUUGAAUGACUGUACAAUCCGCAUUCUGGAUCUCGCGACCAGGAAAGAGCAAUUUGUCUUGCACGGAUGCGGUUGGCUAUGGGUCAACUCCGUUGCGUAUUCGCCAGAUGGCCAGAUAGUCGCAGCGGCGUACUACGACACCAGUCAUCCGAUCUGGCUAUGGGAUGCGUCAAGCGGUCAGAAAAUCGGCCACGCACUUCAAGGACACGAGUCUCCAGUAAAUUCCCUCGCCUUCUCUCCUGACGGGAAGUACAUCGCCUCAGGCUCGGAUGAUAACACGGUACGACUCUGGAGCGUGAGCGCGGGCAGGCAAGUCGGCGUGACGCUCAGACACGAAGACUACGUGAACUCUGUUGCAUUCGCCUCGCACGGGCGCUUCAUCGUGUCGGGGUCGAAGGAUUACAGUAUUCGGGUGUGGGACACUGCCGAAAUCCUCGAGUCCGUGGGGGUCGCGAAGGUUCGCUCGGACGUUAGUCCUCGUCGAUUGCACGGCAGCGUUUCCGAGUGUAUCGCAUCGUACAUGCGGGCCGAUACUCGAAAGGAGGACGGGUGGCUUCGCGCAGAAACAGCUGACGGAUCUCUUGUGCCCGUCCUCUGGAUCCCGUAUGGCCUUCGACACCUUCCCGUUGCUUUUCCACCCCACCGCGUUAUAUCGCCGGCUGGUAUCACCAUCGAUGUGCGACGCGCUGCUCUGGGCGAGGAGUGGACAAGUAUCUAUAACGGUCUACAACCCGAGCCUGCCCCUCAAAAAUACCUGUGA